ACCAAAACAGAAACAGAAUUAUGUAUAAUUUCCGUUUGCUGCGUCAACUGCGCCUUGGUGGCAUAACUCAAGCCACUGCAACAAGAUUAACACAGGCUCCAACAUGCCGUCGACUACUGGCUAGCCAUCAUAAGCGCCGCCCCCAACUAGGCGCAGUGCAAUCGGAUCAGCUGCAGCAGUUAAAAACGGACUAUUUCGAGCAUCGUCGAGAGCUGAGCAACGAGGAAUGGCAACGCGUGCGGCAGACGUUGACCGACAGCUACAAAUACAUCAAUAGCAGCAACGUGGACGCCGUCAUUUUGGGUCUGUGCAGCACAGCGGAACAGCUGCCGCUGGCCAAAAGCUAUCUGGGAUAUCUGCAGGCAGAGCGAAUCGAGCCUAACGCGGCGACAUUAGGUCGCUUGUUGCGUGUCUACAAUGCCGCCCAUCACACACGUGCGCUCAGCGACGCGGAGCAGUCGGAAAUUGUGCACAUCUGUGAUGCAGUGCAGGGUGCGCAUGAGACGCUGGAUGCCAGCAGCUGUGAACAUUUGAUCCACGGCCUGGUGGCAACCAAUCACCACUGGCAGCGCGCACUACCGCUGCUUGAGAUGAUGAAGGUGACCAGCACGCCCAGCGUAGCCGCCUACAGUGCACUGGCAGCCAAGGCAUUUAGCGUGGCACAGCCAGAGCUGGCCUGGCGUCUGCUCGAGGAGAUGCUGCUGGCACGCAAGCUGCCCAAGUGUGAGGUGUAUCUGGCUCAUUUGGCACACAGUGCACAGAAUGCGUCCACACUGGUUGCCAAUCUGGAGCAGUUAUUGCAGUUCCUCGAACGUCAUGACAUACUCAUCAGCGAUCUGGUGGCUCAACAGUUGAUGGCAUUGGCUCAGAGGAUGCCGCAACAGUUCCAAGUGGCAUCCACUCGACUGGACCGGAUGGGUAAGUGCACCGCUUGUCAGCAGCAUCUGCAGCAUGUUGCCAUCAGCGAUGCACAAUUCGCCGAGCUGCACGAAUCCUUUCUGGCCAAGGUGCUCAUACGGAACGAUGUCUUCCAAAAGUCCACGCCCGAGGAGGUGGCACGCUUUAAGCAAUAUGUGGAGCAAACAGCGCCCUAUGAUUGCGUCAUCGAUGGGCUCAACGUCGCCUACUCCACUGGCAACAAGAAGCCACCGCAGCAGCUGGCCAAGCUGCUGGCCACCGUGGUGCGUUACUUCAAGGAACGUCGCAAGCGAGUCCUUGUCCUUGGCCGUCAGCACAUGCGCAACUGGUCCAAGCCAGUGUGGCAGUAUAUCCAAAGCAAUGCCAGCGUUUUCCUAACAAACAAUCUCUCCCAUGAUGAUCCAUUUCUGCUGUAUGCAACGCUGCGCAGCGGCCAAGAGACGGACUUUUUCUCGCGCGACCUAAUGCGCAGUCAUGCCUUUCUGCUCGGAGGCGAUCUGAAGGCAGUCUUCCGUCGCUGGCAGCAGGAGCAUCAAUACUCGCUUGUCACCCAAACGCAAACGGGUCAAAUAAUUGUCAAGGAGCCCAUUCGUCAUCGCCUGAGUGCCCACAAAGUCAACAACGUGUGGCAUGUGCCCUGCUGCGACACCUAUAUGACCCAGCCGCCAGACAGCUUCGAGGUGCCUGAAAAGUGGCUCUGCCUGACCAUUACCUGAAUGGAAUACAAAAUAUUUAUGUAAAUACUACAAACUAAAUCCCUCACAAACAUCAUAAACAUGGUCAAGACUUCUUUCAACAAUUAUACAAUAUUAGUAUGCAAGGCAAUGCUCGAGAUAAGAACAAUUUUCUGAUGUUGAAGGACUCUCGUCCUUUUUAUCGGCAUGCCAAGCAAGUAAAUCCGGAUACACCAUUUUUUGAGAUACCAUUUUUUUGGAUUUCGAUUUAGUUAGAUUUAUUUUCCAAAUCUUGGGAGUUUUAGAAUGCAAAUCGACAGUCCUUUUUCCCGUGAUCUCAAAAAUGGUUGCCUCUUCGAGAUCCUUAAGGACUAUAACUAUUUAAUAAUAAACAUCAUAUUGAGUAUUAAGUUCCUUUAAGAUAGUUUUUGUUACCAUCUUAAUUUCACUGCCAAUUAAAUGAUUAAUGAUUGUU